AUGUCUGACGAAUUAUCUUCUUAUUCUUCACCUUGUGCCCAAUUGAGUAUAAUUGUUGAUUUAACAAGUUCACCAUUUGAUUUUAAAACACUAUAUAAUCAUUUAUCAUCACAACCACCACCCAAUAGUGAUCAUCAUCAUUGGUAUUUUGGUGGUCUUCGUUCUUAUACAAUCCCAUUUGAAUCUAAUCAUGAUGAAAUAACUAUUAAUCGUGUUAUAUCAAAAUUAAAAUUAUUACAAAAUCAUUUAUCUAUAUUACCACCAUUUUGGAUUUCAUAUAAAAAAUGUCAACCACCAUCACAACAACAACAGCAAAUAACCCCACUGACAACAACAACAACAACACCCGAGAUUAUUCGUAAAAAUGCUAAAUUAGGAAAAUUUUAUGCCAAUAAUGGUUUUGAUAUUGAAUAUACAGGAGGUGCACUUGUUGCUAUAGAUAAAUAUAUAUGGGAUAUACAAACACAAAUAAAAGAACCAUGGCGUUUAGUAUUUUAUCAUGAUAAAAUUGAUAUUGAUUAUGGUUGUAAAGAAAAAAAAUUGCGGAAAACACUUAAAGCUGAAAUGAUGGAUAGAUGUGUUGUUAUAAUGACACAAACAGAUGGUUUUACACUAUUUAUUAAUAUGAAUGGAAAUCCUAUUGAUUAUGAAACUGUUAAUUCAAAUAGUUCUCUAAAUACUAAUGAUAAAAAAAUGGAUCCUACAUUACGUAAAAUAACUGAACCAACUAUUUCAUAUAUUCGUACUGCAUCUCGAGAAUCACAACCAUUUUAUUCAACUAUUCGUCUUUCGAUGUCACUUUCAAAUCAAUAUAAUUAUAAUAUUAAAGAUGAAAAUCAUUGUGAACAAUUACAACGUUUAAAUUUAUGUUAUACACAGUUUAUUGAAUUUUUUCAUCGUAAUCAUAUAUAUGAUUGUUUUGGUAUUAUAAUAAGUAUACCAUCAACAAUAGAUUUUUCAUCAAUAACAUCAUUAUUUAUGUUAAAUGAAACAACAUCAUUUAUUAAACAAUAUUGUUGGCAAAUGUUAAUGUCUAUUGGUUAUCGUUUUCAACAACGUUUAACAACAGAUUUUAUUCAACAAAUGAAUUUAAUUGAUAAUGAUGAUGAAUUUUAUCAGACAUCACUUCAUAUAUGGCGUCGUUCAAGUGAAUAUUAUUUUAUUGAUUUACUUGGUGAAUUACGUCGUUAUCGAGAAAAAGCAGCUACUUUAACAGCAUUUCCACCUUUAUCAACAAUUACUAAUCAGCAAUAUGGAAUAAAAAAAGACGAAAAUCAACAAGAACGUUGGAGUAUUCAUACACCACCACGUCAUUAUGCUUAUGUACCAUCUGUAACAUUAACACCAACAACAAUAUGUGUUAAUCCAUUUAAAUUAGUUAAAACAAAUCGAGUUUUACGUGAAUCAAAAUUUGGUGGAAAUCUUAUGUUUGCUCUUGUUGAUGUUAAAGAUGAAAAUGGUACUAUGGAUUUAUUUCCUCAUGAUUAUCGAGCUUUACGUUGGAAAACAGAAAUGUUACUUGAAUCAGGUUUUGAUUUAGGUAUAAAAGGUCGAACAUAUCGUUAUUUACAUCAUUCACAAUCACAAUUAAAAGAUAAACAAUUUUGGUUUUAUCAUUAUAAUGGUGAAACAAAUUUUUCAUUUGAAGAAGCAUUUGCUUGGAUGGGAGAUUUUCAAGAAGAACGAAUUGUUGCUAAACAUGCUGCACGUAUUGCACAAUGUUUUACAAGUGCUGAAGCAACGAUUCAAAUUCCAUCAGAAAAAGUUGAAUAUAUUGAGGAUAUUCAUUCAGAUGAUUAUAAAUAUAAUUUUACUGAUGGUGUUGGAACAAUGUCAACUAUUAUACGUGAUAAUAUUAAUCCAUAUCGACAAUUUUCAGCUAUUCAAAUUCGUUAUGGUGGAUGUAAAGGUGUUAUAUCUGUUAAUCCUGAUUUAGAUAAUUCACCUCAUCAAUUACGUAUUCGUCAAUCAAUGAGAAAAUUUAAAUGUUCACAUGAUAUACUUGAAUUAUGUCGUAUUUCUAAACCACGUCCACUUUAUUUAAAUCGACAAAUAAUUGUUUUACUUUCACAUCGUACUAUUGAUGAUCGUACAUUUCUUUUAUUACAAAAUCACCAUCAACAAAUAUUAGCUGAAUCACUUGUUUAUCCAACACGUGCAUAUGAAUUAUUAGCAGAAAAAAUAAAUCGAAGUUUAUUUCCACUUCGUACAUUAAUUAAUGAUGCACAUUUAAAUUUAAUUCAAGAACCAUUUUUUCGUCAAUUAAUAAUAACAACAAGUAAAUUUGAAUUAGCACAAAUGCGUGAACGUUCACGUUUAAAAUUACCAAGAAAUUCAGCUAGAAAUAUGAUUGGUAUUGUUGAUGAAUAUGGAAUUUUAGAAUAUGGACAAGUUUUUAUUCAAUAUACGGAAUUACAUGGAGAUUUAUUAGAUGAUGAAUUAAGUUGUAAUAAUGAUUCAUCAUUAAUACCACAACUAGAAAAAACUAUUAUACUUGAACAACAAGUUGCUGUUACAAAAAAUCCAUGUCAUCAUCCAGGUGAUAUUCGAAUUUUUUCAGCUAUUGAUGUACCUCGUUUACGACAUUUAAAAGAUGUUAUUGUUUUUCCACAACGUGGAAAACGACCUCAUCCAAAUGAAAUAUCUGGUUCAGAUCUUGAUGGUGAUGAAUAUGCUGUUAUAUGGCAUCCAGCAUUUAUACCAAAAACACCAAAUGAUAUACCAUAUGAUUAUGAUUCUCAAACACCUAUGUUACGUAUUGCUGAUCGUCCUGUUAGUCGAGCAGAUAUACAAGCAACUGUAUUAGAUAUUAGUGAACAAUCAUGUGUGGGAAAAUUAUGUUCACUUCAUUUAGCUAAUAUGGAUCUUCAUGGUGUUGCACAUCCAAAAACAUUAGCUAUUGCUGGAUAUAUUUCAGAAGAAUUAGAUGCACCAAAAACUGGACAACAUCCAUUGACGCCAAAAGAAAUUGUUCAAUUACAAACUGAAUUAGGAAAUGGACGUCCAGAUUAUUUUGAUAAACCUUAUUAUAAACUUUAUCCAUCGAAACAUGUACUUGGUCAAUUAUUUCGUUCAUGUCUUCGUUUUGAACCAAAUUGGAUAUCAAUUCAAACUCCACCAACAACAAUAUGUUCAUCACCUAUUGAUCCAUUAUUAGUUCAUGAUUUACAUAAUGAAUAUACAACAUCUGUUGAAGAAUUAGCACGUAUUUAUCGUGAAGCUAUUAUGGAUAUAAUGUAUGUCUAUCGUUUUUCAUCGGAUGUUGAUUUACUUUGUCGAUUUGAUUCAUCAUCAUUACAACAUAAAACACCAUUAAGUAAACAACAAACGGAUUCAGCUUGUCUUGUUGCUGAUUCAGCACAAGUUGAAUUAAAACAAUUAAUACGUCGUAUACGUCGUUUAUUUUUUUAUGAAUUUCGUUUUUGUGAUAAAACACAUUCAAAUCGUUGUCAUAUUAAUUGUAUACAAUGUGCAGAUAAAAAAAUGGCUAAAGCAAGUGCACUUUAUAUAUUAUGUUAUACAGACACACGUCAUGCACGACGUAUGUUAAGUUUACCAUGGUUAUUUUCAUCAUUAUUAAUUGAAACAAGAAAAUUAAAUAUAAAAAAACAAACAAAAUUAUUAUCACCUAAACUUAUUGCUCAAAUGCUUGAAAUUCAACCAUAUCAUUUAAUUGGUCAAUCAUUACGACGUGCAUUACAAAAUUUAUUUGAUCAAUCGAAAUCAUUUUAUUUUCAUCAUAUAUAUUCACAUGAAAAAUCAAAUAUAAUAACUGUUUCACUUGGACCAACAUCAACAGCUAAACGUCUUUUAUUAAAACGUCAGAUAUUAUUACUUGAUUAUCUUAUUUUAGAAAUUCUUCAUCAUUAUAUAUAUGAAUCUUUAUCAAAAAUACGUUCACCUAUAACAGCAUCAAAACCAUUACUUGUUGAAUCAGUUUGGCAACAUAUAUUAACACGUUUUAUUCUUGAUGAAUGUUCACCAUUAGUACUUAUAACAACAAAUUCAAAUACAAAUUCAAUUAUUAAAGAUUAUCAAUAUUGGUCCGAUGAACAAGCAUGUAAAACAUUACAACGUUUGCUUAACAUCAGUAUUCAAUGUGCUGAACAUGGACCAGAUUCAACUGAUUAUGCACAUGCUAAUGAAUAUUUAGUUUUAGCACUUCAACAAAUGGCUACAACUGGUACAUUAUAUUCGGUUUAA